CGUUUCAUAUCUCAUACAAACCAACAUCUGAGGGUAAGCCAUGACACGUUUCGCACGUCAUAGAACUCAUACCGGAGAGCGUCGCCGCAGCUGUYCGUACGCCGCUCGUCCUGUUUCGGGUGAGGACGGAGCUGCCUCUGCCUGGGGCAGAAUGUUUGCAGGAGUUCAGAGGGAAGUGAUCCAUCAUUCUUAAAGGUGAUCGAUCUGCCGUUUGGAUAUUUUAUUCUUCUGGAUCCAAAGUUUCUGUUGCACCAGCUCUGCAAACAUGCGCGAUGAAAGCAGCAGAAGAAAGUUAGAAUCUGCACAAGCAGCUGCCCCUGGAUGUCUGCUGCGACUUCCCCGGAACGUGCAGUUGUUUUAUUUAAUUAAAUAAUUUAUAUUUUUAGAUGUUAUGCGGGAGCCUUAAAGACAGCGCUUCACUUCUCAGUCCAAGAGCAGGACCAAGCAGCAUCAUGGCCAGGCUGCGCAGGAAGGCUUGCGUCGCGCUGUUUCUUUUCACCCUCUUCAUCUUCGGAACUUUAAUGGGACUGAGGACCCUGAAACCCAGCGACGGUUUCUCGGAUCUGGCUCCAGGGUUGGACCUCCUGCCAAUCUUAGGAGGGAAGGGGAACCGGCGCUCCGUGUCCGAGUCCCCGGUCCAAGCCCACCCUCCCGGYAGCAACACCAAAGCCGCCCUGUCCAUCUCCGGUCCGGAGGGCACCGUGUUUUAUGACGUCCAUAUCUUUUACUACACCUGGUACGGCAGCCCGCACAUGGACGGGAAGUACAUCCACUGGGACCACAUCCUAGUCCCGCACUGGGACCCCAAAGUCUCGUCCAGCUACCCGAGGGGGAGACACGUGCCGCCCGAGGACAUCGGCUCCAGUUUCUACCCGGAGCUGAACCCGUACAGCUCCCGGGAUCCGGACGUGUUGGAGUCCCACAUGGAGCAGAUCGGAACAUCCGCAGCAGGGGUUCUGGUUCUGUCCUGGUAUCCUCCCGGCCUGGCUGAUGACAACGGGGAACCCGCUGAGGAUCUGGUACCAGCUGUGCUGGAUGCUGCAUACAGACACAACCUGAAGGUUGCUUUUCAUAUUCAGCCAUACAGAGGCAGAAAUGACCAGACCGUCCACGACAACAUCAAGUACAUCAUUGACAGGUACGGCGACCAUGGGGCCUUCUACAAAUUUACUUCCAGCACAGGAAAGAGUCUUCCUCUGUUCUACAUCUAUGACUCCUACCUGACUCCACCUGAGUCCUGGUCGGAGUUUUUAACUCCCACUGGAUCCCACAGCGUGCGUGACUCUGCCUACGACUCGGUUUUCAUCGCUCUGAUCGUGGAGGAGCGUCACAAGCACGACAUCCUCGCAGGUGGCUUUGACGGCAUGUACACCUAUUUCGCCUCCAACGGCUUCUCCUUCGGCUCCUCUCACCAGAACUGGAAGGCCAUCAAGGCUUUUUGCGACGGGAACAACCUCCUUUUCAUCCCCAGCGUGGGACCGGGUUACAUCGACACCAGCAUCCGACCGUGGAACAACCACAACACCCGAAACCGAGUGAACGGCAGGUACUACGAGACGGCCCUGCAGGCGGCUCUUAACGUGCGCCCAGAGGUGAUCACCAUAACAUCGUUUAACGAGUGGCACGAAGGGACGCAGAUAGAGAGGGCCACGCCCAAAAAAACAGCCACUCGUGUUUAUUUAGACUAUCAGCCACACGGACCCGAUCACUACCUGGAACUGACACGCCAUUGGGCCGAGCAGUUCAAUAAAGAGAAGGAGCAGUGGCUCAUGUGAGGAUUCAGACUGCGUGCUCUAAACACUGACUGAUCGAGGCGUGAAUGCAGAAGGAUGCUGCGUUUUCAGCUGCUCCUCUGCAGCAAUGAAAGAACACAAUAACAUUGAGGUUUCGGGUAAAGCAGGAUAAAGAUCCGUCAGAGCAGUUUUUAUCCGAGCUGCCUAUGUUUAGACUCUGAAAUGCUCUGCGGACUGUCUAAUCCCUGCUUUCCUGCUCAAUAAUCAGAUACAGUGUCAGCAUGUCUGACCUCAAGUGUCUCCACAGUGAAAAUAGGUCCAAUUACWGAAAGUCAAGGCAGUUUUCCUUUCUUUUAAACAGAAAAUUAGACGAUGUUGUUUUGUUUUACUUUACAGUUCAGAAGUUUGUAAAUGAGAUGAUGUCAUAGUAAAGUUUCAGCUAUUACUUUUUUGUUUGUUUUUGUAUGACAUGAUUCUCAUUUCUCUUCAAAUAUGAUUUUCUGAUGAACAUUUCGCCGAGAAGGAAACGUGUCUCAUAUUUCUACAUUAAAUUGCUGAUCGAGCCAGAUUGUCUUUAGCUUUUACGUUUGGGUGAUAAACAGUUUUGGAGAAGAGUACCACCUUAAAGGGCCUGUGACAUGUUUCCUUCAAAUACAAAAAUUCAAAGAAAACAUCUUUAUAUUUGAGAACCUUGUCAUAAAGCACAUCAUUUUAUCUAA